UUAUUGUUUGAACCACUAGAGAUAUUCUUUUAUAAAUUUAUAUUGUUUGUUUUCAGAAAUAAUGUUUUAGAGAUUGUAGUAUUGGUGAAAGGUUAAAUAUGUCUCCUUAUCCUCUGGAAAGUCUUCAUCCAGGUGGAAUGAUGAUGGAAACUCAUCAGCAACCCCACCAUCAACCCGGCCAGGUCUCCCUAUCCGUCCUCAUCGAUAUGUUCAUCCAGAGAACCUACCACGAGCUCACUAUCCUGGCGGAGCUCCUCCCCCGGAAGACUGAUAUGGAGCGGAAGGUUGAAAUAUUUAAUUUCGCGAGCAGGACGCGGAUGCUUUUUAUUCGGCUUCUCGCGCUCGUUAAAUGGGCGUCCAGUGCAUCAAAGGUGGACAAAUGCAACAACAUCAUGAUGUUUCUUGAGAAACAAUCCUCUAUAUUCCUUGACACAGCUGACCAGCUGGCUAGGAUGGCGCGUGAAACCCUGGUCCGUGCUACACUUCCUAACUUUCAUCUACCGGCAGCAGCAGAAAUACUUACCACAGGUGGGUACACUAGAUUACCCCGGUGUAUUAAAGAACGUAUAAUUCCUCCGCCUCCAAUCUCCGCCCUGGAGAAACGAUUAACCCUGCUGAAACUGAACCAGGUUAUUGAGUACAGACUCGUCAAUUCAGCUGUACCAUUACAGAUGCGCAAUCUAAAGGUUGCUGAUGGAACUGUAACCUUCACAGUGAAGAAUGAGUUUGAGAGUCGUCUAACCCUCCUCGGAGACGGACCUAACGAGUCCUGGCAUCUUCUCAAUGUUGAGAUGCUGGUUGAAGACCGGGAAACUGGACAGGGGAAAUCCUUAGUUCAUUCUCUCCAGGUUGGAUAUGUUCAGAACCUGCUCCAGUCUAGAUUAGAGUCUAAGGAGACUCCUAAACCUCUGCAUGAUCUUUACAAUGUUCUACACGGGUUGGCCCAGCUUCUCCAACUAGAGGUACUCUACAACCAGACCAUGAGACUCUACGCAGAACGGUUGGGAGAUUAUAUCAGGGUAGAGGAGUAUAUACUAGGGAGAGCGCUAACGGUUUCCUACUGGAGAGAAUUAUCAUCCAAGGAUCCGAACCUGGAUCAGGGACAUAGGCUGUCAGUCCAGGUUGAUCCACAUGAUCCCGCUAAACCGCUCAUCGUUGUUCAUACUCCCUCUCUAACUAAUAAAGAAGCUGAGACAGCGGAGAAAAGUAUCAGAACUGAACAUCUCUCCGUAGAGUCACUCCUUGUACACACCAUAUAUGUGAGAACGCGAGCAAGGUUGACAGAUCUCAAGAACGAGGUUCAGCAAAGAUUAGGUUUGGGAGAUGUAGAGGCGACGUUACAUGGAUCUCCUGCAGUUUUGGCAAUACCAAUUCUUCAACCCUGUCUCAGGGCGGAGCAGUUACUCAUCUCAGUGGAUACUCACACAGGAAUAUUCCUGGCUCAUGUUCCUCAGUAUCCAACCAAUCCUUACUCUCCGCAGAUACAAACCAGUCUUAACGGAGAUAAGGUUCAGCUUGAAGCUCAGGUAUCAGAACUCCGGUAUUGGAUUACCGCCAGAAGAAUUGAAAAGACGCUUCAACAGCUCCCAGCGACUCCAUUCGAACAGCUACCUUUGACCUAUGACCUGAAAACUCAUCCUCUCUCUAAGAUGGGUCGACACAAGAUGUUCGUCCGACUGCACAAACAACCCUCGGCUAUCCUAGUGGUCGAUUACAGUGAGAAACCUGGCAAAGAAUGCGAGAUCCAGUAUAAUUAUUAUUAUCUUCUAACCCGUCCUUGUAGUAUUGAAGACGACCCUGAGGAUGAAACUGUGGUGAAGGAGAUACCUAGAGUUUACAUGAAAGCUCUGGGUAUGAUUGAGUUCAACUCUUUCCUUGUAACUCACGGAAGUACAACUAGGGUUGAUGUACAAGAGCUGAGUGAGAAGAUUAUAGGAAAGAGAAAACCUGGAGGUAAAGUAGAAGCUCCGAUAAAGAGAACCAAGUUCCCGGCAUACUUCCUCUCCGACCUUGCUCACGUUGUAUCGUUUGCUGACGAGAGAAUACCGUUUACCGCACUGGAAGCUCACAUGACCAAUCAUGGAAUUCUUCACUCCGGGAUCAGUGUUGAACCUACAGCUGUAGGUCUUUAUCUCACAAUUAUUAGGUUUCCCAAGGUUCCAAACCUGCCUGAGAAAGAUAGUUUAGAGUUUAUGAAACAGUUGAUAUCCGCCACAGUUCGGAGGAAGGGAUCAGGUUGGAUGCUAGAAUGGGUUUUCCACGGCUCACCCUUUGACUCCAACUUCCAGAAAGAUAGAUAUCCCAUAUAUUCAAACUUCGAGCUUGAAACUGUCGGAGAUUCUGAUAAAACUGUAAAAGGUAUUCUAGCUGAGUGGAGCUCUAUGGUUCAUCUUUAUAUUCUUGCCAAGAAGUUCAAUCGUUAUCUCCAGAUGCGACACAAUGGUCUAAACAGUAGAAUAGUUGUUAAACAGUACAACUAUAAAACAUUAACCCUUGAGUACGGUCCUCAAUGUAUGUAUUCUGUAACAGUAUCCUGGAGAAAGGUGGAGGAGAGGUUUUCGUUGAUCUUUGAUAGCUCCGGACCUUCUCUCUCUGUGAACCCGCACACAUUGAUGAAGAACCAGUACGAGAUCCAACUAAACCAGGAGAAGAAUCUAGCUCUUAUCUGUAAGAUCCUACUGGAGACUCUCAACGCUUGUCGGAGUAUCAGUCGUCUGCCCUCUACUGUAUUCAGGGGGAUGAGUAUGAUACAUAGGAACGCUACCCAUCAAACCUUCUCCGUUCUUCCUCAAUCUACAACCCACGUCAAGAUAUUGUUCUAUGGUAAAUAUUGUGUAGAUCUAUAUAUGAGAGAGGAGGGGUUGGUCUCCGUCCGGGACGGAGCUUACUCCUUGUUUGAUCAAACCAAAGUUCUUGAGGAACUACAACCCAUUCCUGGGUUUAAAGCGUUCCUUUCUAAAUAUGUGGACGAAGCAGCAUUCUCCCGGCGCACCUCACAGACGGAAGACGACAAUCCUCCGUCUCCCCUCGCCAUGGACGACAUGCCUAGAUCCGACGGGAAGUUUACUGCUCCAGGUUCUUCCGGAAACUCAUUAAAUCCUGUUUCUCCGCACUCAACCUUUCUCCAAUCUCCGCCUAGUAAUCUCCGACAACCGAGCCCUGCAGUUCCUUCUCCUGCCAACCCUGCUGGAUCUCCUUACCCUAGUGCUGCGUCUCCGCUCGGUUCUCCAAGAUCUAAACCUUCUCCGAGGUAUGCCGGAGCUUCUCCUAAAUCUGUUGGUCAUAGUGCCAGCUUUCAUCAUGCUCAAACUAGAAUUCUUCCUCCUAGAUUAUGGGCUGCUGCUAUCCCCACUGUUCUAACCACCAAAGCAUUCGACGACAUAUGUCGACCGUCAAACCUAAUGUCAAACAACUUGUCGACAGUGUCGCCUCUACACAGGUUCCUAGGCUGUGUGUUUAUGCGCCGACAGCUGCAGCAUAUAAUUAAGAACGAAGAUUUUCUUACUCUCAUGUCUACUCCUGGAGAACCUAGUGUCAUAGCGUUCAGGGUUGAGUCCCUGGUGUGUAAGGUUUCUAUUAACCAGGAGAAUUCAUUCCAAUCUCUUCAUCUGAAAAUACUGCCAGAUGAUCCGAGUUACUGGCAACCCGAGCAACUACAGAUUCUACAGAAAUUCUUCGAUACAAAGGUUGUAUCUCCUCCCUACCGUCCCAACACUAUAGUCGGGUUCUGCCGCCUACUCCACUGUCCCUCGGAUACUCUCAAGAAUAUCGUCCAGUUAAUGAGGUUUGAGGUCCAACCAGAGCUGGUUACACAGAACAACCUCAAGUGGAGUAUAUCCCUCUGCUUGACAAUACCUCCCCUGGCCCCUAAUAUGUUCCCUGUAGGUCAAGCAGGGAUCAUAGGGAACAAGGAGAAGAUUCUUAUAUUCAUGCAUUUAACACGGGCAAACCUACCUCCGGGGCAGGAGAGUGUAAGUAUUGUAGUUCCUGUAGUUUACAAUAUUACUGUAAACCAGACUAGCCUGGCAUCUCUACAGAAGGAGCUAAACAAUCCUGCUCUACACGCUGUUCAGCAACAUUUAUCCAGAUGGGCAACUGCAAAUAUGGCAGUACCAGGUCGGUGUUCUAUUCUUCCCGCUAUCCAUGAUCUGCUGGUUAACUUGACUCUACCCAACGAACCACCAGGAUUUCCUAUGGGAGGACCUGGAGUACCUGGAGUACCUGGAGGAGCAGGAGCUCCACCAAUGAUGUCAACUUCAAACAGUUUAGGACACAUGCCGCUAUCCUGAUCCAGAUUAUACCACUAGAUUAUCUAGUGUUCCUAGUACUCCAAAUAGUAAUAUUAUACUACGAGAUCUUCUAGUGUUCCUUGUACUGCAGUAGUUUAAUUAUACCACUAGAUUAUCUAGUGUUCCCAGUACUGCAGUAGUACAGUUAUACUGCUAGAUCCUUUAGUGUUCCUAGUACUCCAGUAGUACUAUUAUACUGCUAGAUUAUAAAAUGUUCCUUGUACUGAAGACAGUAUGAUUUUAGUCGAGGCAAUUUAGGGCCCAUUUGAAGCCCUAUUGUUACUUUACAUUACGGAGAAACGGACUAAUUGCAUUAGUUGUAUUUAAAGUACUAUUUGUACUUUAUUCUAGUGUACUUAAUACUAAAUAGUAGUACUGAAUGGAUGUACUGAUAACGGGAAAAAUUAGGAAUUGGAAAUUUUCUUUGUUAACAUUCAUGUUGAAGAAUAUUGACAACUUAAAUUUCUUAUUUUGAACCUGAACUAUUUGUAAAUAUGUAUAUUAUGAUAAGCUCUAUUCUUCAUAUAUUUAUUUGUUUGAUUCUGUGGGUGGAAAUGUUCACUUAAAUAUAUUACAAUUCUAAA